CGGCUCCUUUGUAGUCUCGCAGCGCCGCCGAUGCAGCCAACGAGCGCGUCACGGGCAAACGAGCAGCUUGUUGCGAAGCUGACAUGCUCAGAGAGGAAGGCCGAGCAGUCCAUUGUCGCUGAGGAGCUACAGAGCCAGAAAAAUAUCUGGACAGGCCAGCAUACGCCGAGGCGACUCUUGGCUGCUGCUGCUUGGUCGAGUGCGAUGAUCGAAAGGCAUUGAGGAGGGCCGCUCGCUGUCGAGGCUUCAUGUCUACGUCGCCGUGUGCCGCUGAGUUUCUUGAUGAUCGACCGCGUCCGACCAACGAAACCGUCCGAAAUUGUUGCGAGCCGCUUGCCGUGUCUCGAUGCAGGCGCUCGUCCUGCUCGGCAGGGCUGCCACCUUGCUGCCGCUCCUCUUUCUCGCAGCCUCCGCGCCCACGCUGUUCAUUCAAAGGGGCAAAGCACUCCGUCGACAGAAAGGUGCACGCCAGUCAGACAAUCAAUCAGAUGAGCGCACGCCGCUAUUGAGCGAUAGAACGCUUCGGCGACAACAAGUCUCGGAGCACGAGCUUAGACAGAGAAGUCAGUCGGGUGCAUCUCAGCAUUCGCGCCGCCGUCGACGAGCAUCACUCACACAGGCGCUGCCAUGGCUCAGACUGGUCUUCAAUAUCGUCUUGUUUGCGCUAGUGUUAGCUGCAUGGGUCGUUGGUGCACGAACGAGGCCUAUAGAUCUGUGGACGAUGCUGCAUUGCAUUGACAUCCUCGCAUGCACCGUAUACACCGCGCUGCUGGCAGCUGUGGCUUUGAGCAUACGAGCACCAACUCAGCUGCUCUACAAGCACUGUGACAUCGCCAGCGCGGUCAUACUCAUCAGCUCCGUCUCGCAGCAUAUCACACCCUAUCUUGCCGCUCAGACGCAGAUUGUCGACGGCCCGCUUGCUAGGCUCGGCCUGGCAGAAGCAAGCAUCGCGCUAGCAAGCUGCAUCAUCGCCCUCAUCACGCCGCAACACUAUGUCCCCGUCUUACCGGAUGUGAUGCCUCAUCCGCGCCAGACAGCCUCGCGACUGUCCUGUGUGCUCUUUAGCUUUCUAGACAAAAGGAUGAUUCGGUACUAUCUAUACCCACCGCACGAAGCUCCACCCGACACCACACUGAGCAGCUUCAAACAGAAGCUCGACAACUUGACGGAUCAGCUAGGCAUUACUCAACAUGAUUCGCCCAACGAUCAUCUCGAUGUGCCCAACAAGGAGCUGCCUGAUAACGUUUCGGAGAUCUCCGAUGUCGCUAGCGAGGCGAGCAGUCAAACAGAAUACAAAGGGGCCGACCUUCCCGCAGAUGAGCGACCGUGGAAUGCGCGUCUUUCGUUCAGCGAAUUGCUCCCUCCGCUGCCCGAUAUACUGCAUUCCCGCUGGGUCCUGUCAAAGAUGCGAUGGCUGGGCGACAACGAAGACGACAGCGACGAUGAUUUGCGCGUGGAAAAUCGCCCAGAAGGCUCAAUGCGAGUCUUUCUGACCGUUUUCAGGGCAGAAGCGCUUCAAAUAACGUUCACAGCGCUGCUUUGGAUCGUUUUCAUCUUCGUCAGUCCAUUGUCGAUGAACCUCUUGCUCGAUCACGUGCAGCGAGGCGGCUCGGCUUCGCUCGUGAGCCCAUACGUUUUUGCGCUUGGCCUGUUCGUUGGUCCAAUAGGCGCCUCUGUCGCUUUUCAGCAGUGCCUGUUCAUGAUCGCUCAGAUGGGACUGCGACUACGCGCCCUGCUCAGCCAUGCCAUCUUGACGAAAGUCCUUCGGAUGCGCUCUGGCGGCAGCGCAGCUUCGGACAACAAGACGGACGAUGGCUCGGAAGCCGAGGCGACUGCUAGUGGCGAUACGACCGGCCGGGUCAAUAAUCUCGUUGGCACCGACAUCGAUGUCAUAACGGCCUCUCUCGAGACUUCACUUCAGCUGCUGGCGGUACCCUUCAAGAUCGUUGUCUCGCUCGUCUAUCUUUACUUUCUGCUUGGCUGGUCUGCCUUCGUUGCUCUCGCAGCUAUCAUCGCCUUUGUGCCCCUUUCAACUUGGGUCAGCUCGCGAUACGGGGCGGUUCAGGGAUCGAUCAUGAAGGCGACAGAUCGACGAAUCAAUCUCAUCAACGAGUCUCUCAAUGCGAUCCGCACCAUCAAGUAUUUCGCUUGGGAGGAUCCAAUGCAAAAGGGCAUCUAUGCUGCCAGAGAGCGAGAACUGGCUCGAAUCAUACGACGAGCUCGCGUUUUCUUCAUGCUCAUGGUCAUCUCGACAGGUGUGCCCGCAAUCGUCACGCUUGCCACUUUUGCUGCGUUCGUAUACGCUGCGCACGGUCAGCUGACAGCGUCAAUAGCUUUCACGAGCCUUUCGCUAUUCAGCCUGCUCAGGGAAGCAGUCAUCUCAUCGACAUAUCUAACGAGCGCGUUCCUGCGCGCUCGGGUCAGUCUUGGUCGGAUAGCAGACUUUAUCAGAGACGAGGAGGAGAUAAGCUCUUCGAGCCGCAAGCGAGCUGGGGAUCGCAUAUCGUGUGAUCAUGCGAGCUUUCAUUGGUCGCGCGAUUCUGGAUCUUUCGAGCUAUGCAUCGAUAGGCUCGAAUGUCCACCUGGACAACUCACCCUAGUAGCAGGUCCAACGGGCUCAGGCAAGUCCGCGCUGGUGGCUGCGCUCCUCGGCGAGAUGGACCUCGUCAAAGGCGAGGCUUGGGUCCCAGCCGGGUCGACAAUUUCAUAUGCUGCGCAAGAGCCAUUUCUGCUGGACGACACAAUUCGUGAGAACAUCCUGUUUGGCAACGAAUAUGACCGAAAGCGAUACAAGCGUGCACUUUUUGAAUGCUCGCUCAUAUCUGAGAUUGCUGGAUUCGAGCGCAAGGACAAGACAAACGCGCUGGCACUGAGCGGCGGUCAGAAAUCAAGGGUCUGCCUUUGCCGAGCGGUAUAUGCAUGCAGCGAUAUCGUACUGCUUGACGACGUGCUUUCGGCAGUUGACUCUCGCACGGCCUCUCACAUAGUUCAGAAAUGCUUGGAUGGCAAGCUGCUCAAGGGCCGCACGGUCAUUCUGGUCACACACUAUCUCGAGCUUUGCGCCCAAGCCGUCGCCUGCGCGCAUAUUGUCAAGAUGAAAUCUGGGCGAAUUACGAGUCAAGGACCGGCUCACGAGAUGGUUGAGGACGACACGGCGCAGAAAGAUGACGCAACCGAUGGCGGCGGAGAGCUAGAUGCUGAGCACGGCGAUAAUGCGGCAGAGGUGCAUGACGUCGAGACAGAGAGAUCUUCAAGCGCUAUCAGCUGGACUAAUUAUCGUUCGUAUUUUAGCGCGAUGGGCGGUAUUGUCUUCUGGACACUCUAUGCGCUGAUCAAUCUCGCCGCGCAUGUCCUCAUGCUCGGCAGCGGCGCAUGGGUAGGCGUCUGGACCAAUUCGAAGGACAAAGUCGACAGGGCGUCAUAUUACUUUGGCAUCUACGCUGGCAUACAGGUCGCCUCUGGCAUCUCACUCACGAUCAUGUAUCUCUACUUGAUUGUUGGCGCAGUUCGCGCUUCGCGUACGCUCCAUCGCGACCUCGUCACGAGCAUAUUCGGCGCGCCCGUCCAUGUCUUCGAUCGCAUUCCUCUCGGACGCUUUAUGAACCGUUUAUCGAAGGACAUUGAGAUCAUCGACACUGAAGUUGUCGAGUCGCUACAGCCAGUGUUCGACUACGGGGUACAGGUGACGCUGGUAGCCGUCACGAUUGCAGCGGUGCUGCCGGCCUUCCUCGUGCCUGCGGCCAUCAUUGCGAUUGCGUUCUUUUUCGUCGGUCAGCUAUAUAUCCGCAACGCUCUCGCAACGCGUAAACGUGUGGCUGUCUCCAGAUCGCCCUUGUUCAAUACGCUUGGCAAUGCCGUCAGGGGCGUGAUGACGAUUCGCGCGUUUGGUAGACAGCAAGACUUUGUCAGCGCUUUCAGGGAGGCGAAUGACGAUUACAACCGAGCGCAAUUCCAUGAGCAGCUGCUUGAUCGAUGGCUCGAAGAGCGAUCGGACGCUGUCGGCGCGACUGUCGCUCUCAUCGUGGGUCUGCUGACGCUGACCGGUAGCGUAUCACCGGGGAUCACCGGGUUCCUCGUGUCUACCGGACUCGAGUUUACUACAAGGAUAUUAUAUGUCGUCAAAGCAAUCAACAGAAACGAGCUCAAUGUCAAUAGUGUUGCCCGAGUGCUCGAGUACUCGUCUCAGCUCGAUCAAGAGCCACAAGGCUCUGAAGAGUGCAAGCCACCAGCAUCCUGGCCCGAUCAAGGUGCCGUCGAAAUACAAGGCUUAUCCGUCAAGUAUGACGAGGAUGGGCCGGAUGUACUGCGCAACGUCUCCAUCAAGGUCGAGCAACGCGCCAAAAUUGGCAUUGUCGGUCGAUCUGGCUCGGGCAAGACGACGCUUUCCUUAGCGUUGCUCAGAUGUGUGCAUCGCAGUGCUGGCCGAAUACUCAUCGAUGGACGCGACAUUAGCGACAUCAAUCUGAAAGAUCUCAGGCAACGGGUCACGCUCAUCAGUCAGGAGCCAGUCUUGUUCUCGGGCACAAUCAGAUCGAAUCUCAAUCCGCUCAACGAUGAGAUGGACGACGCAGAUCUUUGGCAAGGUCUGAAAGCGAGCGGCUUUCUCGAGUCAGGCGGCACCGCACAUUACACUCUUGACACGCCCGUCACAAGCCAUGGCGGCAACUUCUCGUUGGGCCAGAAGCAGCUGCUCGCCCUCGCGAGAAGCCUUGUCAGAAGCACUCGUGUCGUCAUCUUUGACGAAUCGACUGCCAACGUCGAUGCCGACACAGACGCUUUCAUUCAGGACACGAUCAGAAAGCAUUUCAGAGACUCUACAUGUAUUACCAUCGCCCACCGGCUAGACUCAAUCCUCGAUUGUGACAAAGUGCUUGUCAUGAAAGAGGGAGGUACGGUGGCUGAAUGGGAGUCGCCCCUGAAGCUCUUGCAGGACAAGAACUCGAUCUUCCACGACAUGUGUGCAGCCACUGGCUCGGUCGACGACAUGCUUCAUCGAGCCCAGCAGGGCGCACGUUCACGCAAAGACACUAUGUAGCGCAAUCCUGUCUGUAGAUAUUUGCAUGCAUGUCGGCAGGUACUGUAGUACUCGAGUCGCCACGGCUAGUAGGCACAGACUCGAGCGUGGAGACCGCGCAGAGUGUCUAGCUCUUCCUCAGGAUG